AUGCCGAACGGACUGCCGCCUGAUAUCGAUUGCCUGUCAGAUGACGAAGCUCGUCCCAUUUCUUCAGAAGUUGUUGCGGCAGAUGCUGCAUCUCUGCCUGACAAGGCUGCCAAGCAUGCUCGCAAAAGAAAAGUCAAGCAGGAUUCUGCCCAGCAGAGAGUGGAUGAGGUUGAGGCGGUUUUCAAAAGGCUUCGGCAGGUGGUUCUUACGAAUUGCAAAUGCAAGGAUUCUAGCUGCAGAGACCCUUGGCGGAAUGAUCAUGGCAAGUUGCAUGCUUUAUUCCAGAGUCGGCUGCGACUGCGCGACCUUCCAAAGCAUGAGUCCGACACGGAGGUUGUUCAGCUGAUCCAGUGUCAGCUUUUGGUGUUGUUGUUUUUUUAUGAGUGCUACGUACAUGUGGCUUUGGUUCUUGCAAAUGGAUGGCGUGAAACGUCUGUUGCUAAGGUUUACCAUUUGCUUCAACGCAGUGGUUCCCGCGAGAGAUAUAGCCUCGAAAUCGAUGGCCACCCAGUAUGCCAGCGGAGUUUUCGUUUGCUGUACGGCAUAGGCAAGCACCGUUUUGGCAGACUCCGGAGAGCCGCCCUAAAAGAUGAAGGGUGUCCCAUGGACCAGCGGUGUCUUCCAAAAGAAGGCUUGUUGAGGCCAGAUUCCGCCAGACCUCACAUUGUCGAGUGGCUCCAGAAGAUGUACAACACAGCUGCGGAACCUUUGCCAGAAGCGCCCACCAUGAUGGUCGAGGAAACUUUCUUGAAGAACCCCAAGAUCAAACUUCGGGGGAAAAAACCAAGACACCGGCGGAGACAAGGCUUUCUCCCCCAAGACCUGAAAGGGAGGAAAUUGAAAUUUUUGCCGCCAAACACCAUCAAUGGCUACUGUGAGCUCUGUUCCCUUGAGUUGGGCCGGCGGGUGAACCGAAGACAAUUUUGCCUUGUGUGGGAAGAGACGUUUCCGCACUUGCUCAUACGCAACAAGUCCCAGCACGGGAAAUGUGGGCAAUGCGUGAGACACCGCUUGGUGUUGAAACGGUUAGCAAAAAAACCUAUAGCGCGCCGAGCGCAAAUGGAAUAUUUCAGAGGGCAUUUACAAACGCAAUACAAAGACCGCUGUCGGUAUUGGAAGAACAGAAGUGAGUCCAUACAGGGCCCGUUGCCAGAUGGAAGUGCCAGAUUAACGCUAAUUAUUGAUUCGGUUGAUCAUUCCAAGUUCAUGCUUCCCAGGAGCUUGGCCACUCAGGCCAAGUGUUUCAGCAACUUCAUCCGGCCGACUCUGAGUACGACUGCGAUAAUUUGCCACGGAUAUGGCCUUUUCGUAUACAUAUCUGAACCCAAUGUGGUGCAUGACAGCAGUUGGAGCUGCGAUCUGCUAUGUCACGCCCUGAGCACUGUUGUCAGCCAGUUCUCCCUGGACCUCCGCAAAUUCCAUGUGGAGGUCCAUGGAGACAACAGUUCGAAGGAGCUCAAAAACAACAGUUGCCUCCGCCUAUUGGCAGGUCUAACAGCAGCGCAUCGGAUUCGCAGUGGGGCUGUGUCCACGCUCAUGGCUGGACACAGCCAUGAGGACAUCGAUGCGACAUUCAGCGUCCUUUGUGCUUGGAUACAGCGUCAACAGGAACUUCACGACGCAGAAGACUAUGUCAGGAGCGUUGCAGAUUGGUUGCGGAGUCCUGGUUUGCGCCCAAAUGAGGCCUUCAAGAAAGUGUAUAAA